CGCCUCGGUCUCGAGCUCUCCGCCUCUGAGGAGAUACUUCACAAAGAACACCGAAUCGUGAAGUUUGUCUCGAACGCGCGCGCUGGGCUGAGAUGGAGAGCAUGAGUGCGCUCAGAGGGAAGUUUUCUCUCCAGACAUCCAAACAAAGAGCAUCUCAUCGACUGGAUUAUGAAACUACAGAAAAACAGCUUUCAAAGCAAAGUAUUAGCGAAAGUGUCCUCCGCUGUGAAGCGGAAAUAUGAUGCUGCGCGUGAGAUCUGCUUGUGCGUAAUGGACACAUAACAUCAGGAGGAGGAUCUCAGCAGACAGGCUUGUAUUGCCAUAGCAAUGUUUGCAACAGGUGGGGUGAUCACAGGGCUCGCAGCACUGAAAAGACAAGACUCCGCCCGCUCUCAGUAUCAUCUGCCAAUCCAGAGCCCCACCUCUGCACCUGAGAAGAAAUGCACUAAGCGUAAACCUAGAGCUGAUGUGGUGGUGGUCAGAGGGAAGAUCAGACUGUAUUCGGCCUCAGGAUUCUUCCUGGUUUUGGGAGUGCUGAUCCUCAUGGCAGGCAUCGCAAUGGCUGUUCUAGGAUACUGGCCUCAUAAGGACCACCAGAAGGCACCAGAAAGCAAGUUGUCUGUAAACAAUACGCAGGUUGGCCGAGAGCAGGUGGGCUCUAUUGCGCAGUUUUUGGAGCAGCACCUGCAUUCAGAGAAGAUGAAAAUGUUGGGUCCUUUCACAAUGGGAAUUGGGAUUUUUAUCUUCAUCUGUGCUAAUGCCAUCUUACAUGAGAACAGGGAUCGUGAGACUAAGAUUAUCCACAUGAGGGACAUGUACUCGACAGUCAUAGACAUUCACAGCUUGCGGAUUAAAGAGCAGAAGUGUACGAACGGUGCCUACAUGGGUCCCUAUGCGGACACAAAGAUCCGUUCCUUUGGUCUGGACAGUCAGUUUGCCUCACGGCUCGCAGCAAACACACUAAUGUCCUUCUCUGGUCUCGAUGGGGAUGUCCGAUUCUCCCACAGGACCAGCUCGGCUGAGGAUGACGAGGGUCUAAUGAGUGAGGCCAGAGGUGGAUUAGGCCUGUUGUCGCCUACCUACAAGGAACGUUCUGAAUGUAUCUUUGGGUUCCAAGAUGAGGGUAAACAUCGGUGGGAGGACAAGCGUGGUGCGCUCAAGAAAUGGCAAACACGCUCCAUCGUUUCCUCUUCCAUCAGCGCCUUCACGCUGCCUGUCAUCAAACUCAACAACUGCGUUAUCGACGAGCCUGACAUCGAUAGCAUCACGGAGGACUUAGAGCAGAACAGGGUGCAUAAUAUUCCUGUUCCUCUUGUUCCUUUGCCUGCUUGUUUGUCUCCAUGGUUCCCCUUGUUAGUUGUCUUGGUCUGGAUUAUCUGUAAUGACCGACCAAAAAAGGAAUCCAGCAGCACAGUUAAUGCGUCUCCAUCAGGGAGAUCGACCCAUUGA